AUGGCCCCGUCCUUAGGCAGUACUGAAGACGGGCUGGCCCUGGUGAGGAGACUGCUCAGAGACGUGCUGGUGGGACGGGAGGAUCCAGAGGGAUUCUUUGCGUUGUGUGUGUCAGCGCUGGGGCACCACGACACCCGCUCACACUUCCACGCCGUGAUUCGGCCUUUAUCCACGGCUAACCGGGCGCUCCACUCGACACUGACCGCCGUCUAUGAGGAAUAUUUCAGCAAGACUGAAGAUGACGAGCUGCAACUUGCUCUGGCACUUUCACUAUUGGAACCAACCAAAGACCAACAACUUGAGGAGGUAUCUGUCACGACCACCAAGGACAAUAAUGAACAUUGCUCUGCACCCUCAUCUAACCAGGCCAUUUGUGAGUCUGGCGAGAGAGAAAAGCGUCCCAAGAAGAGGAGGCAGAAGAGUAAGUCCAUGGGGCAACAGGUGGUUGGAUUGCCCCCCACACCGUCCUCCCAGCCCCCUGUAAUUCUGUGGUUCAGGAGGGACUUGAGACUGUGCGAUAACCCGGCCAUCGUGCAAGCACUACAGGCCGGUGCUCCGGUCAUUCCGGUGUUCAUCUGGGCCCCAGCUGAAGAGGAAGGCCCUGGGAUCACUGUGGCUAUGGGAGGAGCCAGUCGGUUCUGGCUUCACCAUGCCCUGUCCUGUCUGCGCUCAGCACUGGAGCGCAUUGGGAGCAGCCUUCUCUUCCUCACAGCAGAUCAGUCCUCACUGCAGACUUUGCAAAGGCUACUGAAGGACACCGGCGCCAGGACGGUGGUGGCCAACGCCGUGUACGAGCCCUGGCUAAGGCAGAGGGACGAGCUGGUAUCAUCCAGCCUGCACAGAGACGGAGCAGAGCUCAGGAUGUGCCAUUCCUACUGCUUGCGAGACCCGUACAGCGUGAGCACCGUGGGGGUGGGGCUUCGAGGGAUUGGAUCUGUGUCCCACUUCGUGAGUUGCUGUACACAGAAUCCAGGGCCUCCUCUCGGAGCCCCACUGGACCCGCCCGUGUCUCUGCCCACACCUUCCUUUUGGCCCUCUGCUGAGCUUUUGGACACACUGGAGCUGGCAAAGAUGCCCCGUAGAAAGGAUGGAACAAUUAUUGACUGGGCAGUUAAUAUUCGUAGCUCUUGGGAUUUCAGUGAGGAGGGAGCACAUGCCCAGCUGCACGCCUUCCUUCAAGAUGGUGUGUACCGAUAUGAGAAGGAGUCGAGCAGAGCAGACUCCCCCAACACCAGCAGCCUGUCGCCGUACCUUCACUUUGGACAGCUGAGCCCACGUUGGCUUCUGUGGGACGCCAAAGGGGCAAAAUGUCGCCCCCUGAAGUUUCAGCGCAAACUGGCCUGGAGAGACCUGGCCUACUGGCAGCUCAGCCUGUUCCCCGACAUGCCCUGGGAAUCCCUCAGGCCGCCGUACAAGGCUUUGUGCUGGAGCACGGAGCGGGAACACCUGAAGGCAUGGCAGCGAGGCCGGACAGGGUACCCUUUAGUGGAUGCAGCCAUGAGGCAGCUGUGGCUGAGCGGCUGGAUGAACAACUACAUGAGGCAUGUGGUGGCCUCCUUCCUCAUCGCAUACCUGCACCUGCCUUGGCAGGAGGGCUACCGCUGGUUCCAGGACACGCUGGUGGACUCUGACGUGGCCAUAGACGCCAUGAUGUGGCAGAAUGGGGGCAUGUGUGGACUGGACCACUGGAACUUUGUGAUGCAUCCUGUGGAUGCAGCCAUGACCUGUGAUCCCUGUGGCUCGUAUGUGAGGCAGUGGUGCCCAGAGCUGAUUGAGUUGCCGAACGAGCUCAUCCACAAGCCCUGGAAGUGCCCUGCCUCUAUACUCAAACGGGCCGGCAUGGUGCUGGGCCAGACGUAUCCUGAGCGCAUCGUCACAGACCUAGAGGAGCGCAGGAGCCGCUCUUUGCAAGAUGUGGCCCGGGUCCGUCUACAGUUCCCUGAAUAUGUGGACAAGUCCAGCGGCUGUGACCUGGUCCCUUUACCUCCACGUUUGCUCUCUCAAACCCUGGGACGGCACUCGGAUGAUGUGCCCAGCGGCAAGGAAUUCCUCCUCCCUCUCAUCACGCGCAUGGAGUUCAAACACCAGCUUGACAAGCCGGACUGCGACUCGACUUCCAACCCCUACAACGCAGUCUUGAAAGGGUACGUGAGCCGGAAGAGGGAUGAGACCGUGGCCUUUCUGAACCAGAGGGACUUCACUGCUAGUGUGCUGAACGAGGGCACACAGAGGAGGGAGAGGAUGGAGCGCAAUCAGCGCAAAAUGGAGGGUCUGUCUGAGCCUCACCAGCCCAGGGGGAGAGCCAGACGAACCCCCACGGCUAAUGACAAGUUCUCUGUGGUGCCAGGAGGUGUUGUGAAGACACUGAGAUAG